UUAAUCUUCACUUCAUGAUUCAUACAAGAGAGGUGUAUUUGUGUUUAUUCUUCAGAUUUGAGGUUAACUGGAUUAUGUUAUGUGUAAAUAAAUCUGGUUCUUUUAAUAGUAGUCUGGCGUUGUUCAAUUAGAUUUAAAAUUUGCGCGUUAUAGAGAAAUAAUAAUUUGUGGUUUAAUUUGAUUUAAAUCACGAGUAUUCUAAUUUUAAAUAUAAAUGUAAUCUACAGUGCUGUCAAAAUGUCCACCGCUGUUUUAGCAUUUGUUGCCCUUAUUUUGAUAUUUUUGUUUCGUAUUCUAAAUGUCAAUAGUGCACCACAAAAACCUGUGUUAUUUUGCAAGGAUGAAAACUUUUUAGCCGUAAUAUUGAAAAUGGUACCUAUUCUUGAAAAUCCGUACAUUCCAACACGUCUUUGGGGCUUUAGUGGACAUGUACAGACCGUAGUCCACAGCGUCAUAGGGAGAUUCAAGUGUCCUUGGCCCAUAGGAGAACGUAUCCAGCUGAAUCUUCCAGACAACUCUUUGCUCACCUAUGACCUAUACCAGCCUCUUGAUCACAAAUAUGAGGAUGAUAUCACUCUGGCAAUAGUUCCUGGAAUCUGUAAUACUUCAGAGAGUGUCUAUAUCCGCACAUUCGUCCACUACGCUCAGUGUCACGGUUACCGAUGUGCCGUCCUCAACCACAUUGGAGCCCUGCCAACCAUUCCAGUCACUACUAGUCGAAUAUUUACAUAUGGACAUACAAAUGACUUCCAUGACAUGUUGCAUCAUCUGUGUGAGCGACACCCGGAGACCAAGGUAGUCAGCAUAGGCUACAGCAUGGGUGGCAACAUAGUUGCCAAGUACCUGGGUGAGAAGGACAAGGAGAAAGUACCAAAUCUGAUUGGGGGAAUCUCUAUUUGUCAAGGAUACGAUGGAAUUGAAGGCACCAAAUGGCUCUUGAACUGGCAGAACUUCCGCCGCUUGUACUUGUAUGCCAUGACAGAGGCGAUGAAGACAAUCAUUUUAAGGCACCAUCGUAUCCUUCUGAGUGAAGAGGUCAAAACCACCUAUAACCUGAAUGAAAGAGAAAUCAUAUCUGCAGCUACAUUACCGGAAUUGGACGAUGCAUAUACUAGGAAGAUUUACGGUUUUAACUCUGUGGAAGAGCUGUACGAUUGGAGCAGUUGCAUAAACUACUUGCAAGGCAUCACUCUACCGGUCAUCUUCAUCAACAGCAAGGAUGAUCCUUUGAUACCUGAUCCUCUGUUGGAGCCUAUCCGCCAAUUUGCCUGUAAUCAAAACAAAGUGGCUUAUAUUGAAAUGGCACAUGGAGGGCAUCUAGGCUUCUACGAAGGCGGUCUUCUCCACCCCAACCCCGUGUCAUGGCUGGACCGUUCCCUGGUAUCCAUCAUCGGAGCCCUGGUCUGUGCCCACAUGGAGACCAAAGCACCUGAGUAGGCUACAUCCUACACUUCUCAUUGACUAGCUUGUUUCUUCAUACCACACAUUUAAUAUAUGCUAUGUUCAAUGAUUGAAACAAUUUACUAGUCACAAACUUAACAGCCUUCAAAAUGUUUGAUUUUACUGCUUUGUAUAAGUGUAUUUUGAGUAUCUAAAGUUGUGUGUUCUUCACUAAUUAAUUUAAAUUUGUUGUUGUUACUGCCAAGACUUAUAGCAAACUUACAGUUCACGAAUGUCAAGAUUUCUUAAACUUUAAAUGUAUUAAUUUCUAUUGUUCAUUGUUGAGUUUUGUCUUAGUUUAUCUACAUGUUCAUUGUCCAUGUUGUACAUAAUAAUAAGUAUGUAUAGUUUUGUACAGCCUGUAAAUGUUUUAACAAUAAAUUAGGUUGGUAAAAUAUGCUACAAUUUUUUAUUAAAGCUCUUUAAUAAUUUGGUUAUUUACAUCUUGUUCCACAAUGAGUAAAUAAUUAAGAUUUGAAGCCAAAGACAUUAUGUUUCCUUUUUACUGCAAAAAGUGGUUUGAGACGUCAAAAUAUACUCUUUUUAUUCACUCCCAGUGAUCAAAAGAUUGAACCGAUUGAAACCUUAUUUUGACAAAAUAGAACAUUUUAUCAACUUAUAGCCUUUUGUGUUCUGCAGUAGGGUUCAACAUGUUUGAGUUUUAUAAACAGAGUUUUUGUGAAACCGAUUCUAAUUUAAAGUAAGAAAUUGUGAAUUUUAUUGUUUUCUUUUGCCAAUAUUGAUUUUGAGGCCUUAUUCAAAAAAGUAUAUCUAUAAAACAUCUGCAUGUCUCUAUUUAACAACUCCCAAAAAACAAUAGAUUUUUACCAAUGUAGCCUUUAUUCCUUCGUAAAAAUCCUGUUUUCAAUUUUCUACUUUUUUGAGGUUUUUUCUUCAAAGUUUUGUUUUUCAUCCAACAAUAUUUUUUCAAAAACGUCUAUUAUUAAUUUUAAUACAUUCCAUCAAUUUAAAUAGCUUAGCCGUUAAAGAUCAAGGCAAUAGGUAUUUUUAUACUUGUUAUUGUCUAGAGGGUAAAAACAAUUAAAUCAGUGGUGGUAUUUUUUAAGUUAGGGUAACAUUUAAAAUUCAAUUCAACUUUUAUAAAUAAUCAAAACGCCAUUGCUAUUAGUACUAGUGAGUGGUAUUGGAAGUUAAGCAAUAUUCUAUAAUCUAUUUCUGUGUAUAAUCCAGCAUCCAGAAUUCUACAUGAAAAUAUGCUAAUAAUAGCAAAUGUGUGCCUUAAAUAACAAUAACUUUGUUGUAUAAUAAACUGGCACUUACUGAAAUAUUUAUAAAAUUUAACUGUUAUUAAUUCAACCUCAGGUACUGUAUGUAAGGAACCUUAUGCAGAAUAAUGUUAGUAAAAUAAAUGUCCCAGUAACUACGGUAUUAGUCCUUGUGAAAGAGAUGUAUUGAUUUGCACCUUAACAUUAUCUGAAGUUCUUUUAUGAUAUGUAAUGUCAGUCAAAUAAUGUAUAUUAUAUUUAUUUGAAUGCUUAUCAAAGAGAGAAAUUAAGAAUACAGUUUUUUGCAACAGCUCCAAAGAUUCAAGAUUAUUUAUUCACCAUACACAGUACAUGCAAUGAGUCUCGCCAGUGUAGCAUACAAUAAUAAAAACUAUUUUAAGGUGCUAUGAUAAUUAGACUAAAGUAAAAUUGCAUUCAAAGUAUUAAACUAUAAGUAUGGUUAAAAUUACAUGGAAUAAAUAAGUAAAAUAAAUAAAAAGUCACAGGACAGGUUAAAAGAAUAAUAAAUAAACAAUACUAAAAACACAAAAGAAUCAAAAAGCGUUACAAAGAGCUAGUUUAAACAUGCAAGUUAAUAAAAUCUAUUAAAAAGUACUCAGCAGUUGAAUAAAUAGGGUUGCUAACCAGAAAGACUUUCACUGACUGUUUAAACCUGUUCUCGUUUUCUCGUGCAUACUGAAAGAACAUUGUAACAUUUUUGUGCCAUGACCUCAAAGCUCUUCAGUGUUCUUGAAUAUUUAUUAUAUUUAAUAAAUAGGUUAUUACGUUGCCUGGUGGUAUAGUAAUGCAUAUUACUACAGAGCAAAAAACGGUUUAUAUGCUUUUUAACAUAGAUUAAACAAUUUAAUAUGUAGAGAGAAGUUACAGUGAGCAUACUUAACCUAACAAAUAAAUGCUUACAAUGGUCUCUAGGCUUUUGGCCCCACAUAUCAGUCGAACUGCCUUUUUCUGAAGUACUAAUAUCUUAUUAGAGUGAUGGUUACCCUACAGCAUUAUGCCAUAAGAUAUAUGGCUAUGUAUGUGACCAUAGUAUACAGUGAUAAGGGCAUUUUGAGAUACAUACAUGCUAAGUACGCUUAACAUCAAGAUCCCUUUUGACACACUCCUCACAACAUACUCAAUAUGACUCCCAGCCCAAGUGAGGUUCAAGCGUAAUACCUAAGAAUUUUACUAGUUCAUAAUCUACAUAUUUUCUUGUAUUGUAAGCAAAUAUGAUUUCAAUGGUUUUCUUAUCAUCCAAACUAAGCCUAUCAGCAUUACGCUUAUCCAGUAUAGCGUUAGAACAGUGGUCAAGUUUCAGUUUCAAGAUGUGAUCACUUUUACUAGUGACGGAUAGGGCCAAGUCAUCAGCAAACCGGUAUGGAUGGCUCACUCCAUCCAUAAUUACAGUGGAGAGAUCUUUCAUAUAAAUGUAAAAAAAAAAUGAUCCCAGCCCAGAACCCUGUGGAACACCAUGCUUAACCAACUAAAAACUAGACAUAAUACCAAGCAAUAGUACAGAUUGGUAUCUAUCACUCAAAUAAGAUGCAAGAAGCUUAGAACCUGGUCCAGAAUUCCAUAAAAGGACAAUUUGGUUUGUAAAAUACUAUGAGACACAGCGUUGAAUGCUUUUAGAAUAGAAAAGAAUAGAAUAUAUUUAUUGCGUUGACAAUAUAUAUUAUAUUGUAUUGUAACAGUCAAUAAUACCAAUUCUUGCAGUGUUCACUCGACUUUCCACACAGCUGCACGCAGUCACACAUUCAUACACAUACAAAGAAACAAAAUUCAAAAUUCGUGGUUUUUUUUAACACCGCUGCGAAUAUCAAUCGUAAGUGUGCUCUAUGUACUUGCCAACUGAGUAAAAAGCACAAGACACCAGGUAGUGUUUUAAUUGGGUUUAAAAUUUUUUUGGAUUUGUUUGUAAAUUUAGUGUUAUGGAGACUGUUAAUGAAUUUGAACCCAGCUUGAGAAGGGAGGCGUUCAAAUGAUACUGUUCUAUGUUGUCAGGCUCGAAAGUGCUCCCAAGCUCUUGUCUCAUAUCUAUUUAUAUCACUGCCCUGUGUCAAUAUACACUGAAAUCGGCAGUAAAAUGAAGUCUCUUGUAUAAAUUAAAAUAAUGAUUAUUCGAGUUGUUUAAUAGAUUUUGUGUAAGUGAUCUGUAUGGAAGUAUUGUUGUAUACUUGUUGGUGUUUUUUUUUUACUUGUAACUUAAAUUCUGUACAAUAUUUAAAGUAAAGGAAGUCCUGAAAAUUGGAAAUGCAUUGCAAAGUUUAAAGUAAAAGUAUUAAAGUUUCAACCAUUACCUUGUAUUGUCCACCCAGUUUGAGUAUCAUCCAACAGGUAUAAGCAUUUAAAGAAUUAAAGACCAUUUAGGCACCUUAUAACAAAAGCAUUUAUAAGUGAAUUGUAUUUUCUGACCAAUUUUGACUAUAAAAGAAGCAUUUAUUUAUAAAAAAAUAAAUGCAUUGUAAAUUUUGGAACCUAAAUUUUGGUUAAACAUUGAGUUUUUGACUAGAUAGUUAAACAAACUUAUAAUAUAUUCAUUAUUGCACUUUUUGCUUGUGAAAAGGUUAUCAUUUUGGUAAAACUCUCUUGUCAUUAUUUUAGAGACUUGUUAAUCUUAUUUCAACUUUUUGUUUAGUUCCUUGGUGACAGUAAGGAUGACACACCAUCAGUCUGAUUGUUGUAAUUAUAUUUUCCCAUUGCCUACAUUUCCUCCGCUAAUUACACCUUUAGCUGUAAGUUUUUUACUAAAUAUUUUAAAAUUAUUUGUUAAAAGCUAUGUAAAUUUGUAGUGUCAUAAAAUGUAUGAAAUCAUAAUUAAUAUUACUUUCUGUAAUACAAUAUUUGGAGAAUUUACUAUAUCCAAAAUUUAAAAUAUAUUAAUAAAUGAUAUAAAUAAUAAAUUAAUAAAUGCAUAAUAUUUUCUCUAAGGCUUUUGAUACAUUUCAGUUUAAUUUAUUUAUCAGCGUUAAUAUUUUUUUAGUAAAUAGGCCUAUUAUCAGUGUUAGUUUGUGGGGGCAGUAGUUUUAUUUUCCAUUUUACACAAUAUUUGUUCUUGAAUAAGGAAACGACAGGGAAGCCCUGAUUAUUCUGACCCUGACAAUGUAAUGUUCUGUGUUAACUAGCUCAGCAAUUGCCCAUUAAGUCGAGAAUGUACUAAGAAUAGAAUUGGAUUGGUGCAAGCCACCGACAAUUGAAUCUUUCUGUCAACUGUAGAAUGCUAGGAAGGAAAUAUUCAAGUACAGGGUGUGUAGAAAAACAUUGAUUUACCUGAAAUUAUUGCUGAACAGCUGUAUAAAUUCUUUGUUUGAAGUUUAUUUUUGACGAUGGAAGGUCACAAUACGUCUGUGCAUUCGUCUACCAACCACCAGUCGAAGGUUAUACAUAUCUAAAAAAAGUAUUAUUUACUAUUUCAUUUUUUUAUGUAAUCAGGAAUUUUGUUGUAGAAUCUGGGUGCUAGAAAAUUGUAGGUUUUCGUAAAUAAAGUAUUGUAUGGAUUAAGUGUAACUAUUAGUUCCAGAUUUCUAAGUCUGUUUCUGUAUGAAUUGCAGUGAUGAGAAGCAUUUCCACUUUUUCUGUGAAAAAAGUCUCAAUACUUUGUAAAUUAAAGAUUUUCAGACAUAAUAUUUUUAACUUUAUGAAUAAGGGCAACGAAGGUUCUCUUUUUAAUGUUUUAAAAUUAAUGUUAUGAAUUAUUUUUGUUGAAUUUACAUAAUAUUAAUAUUUAUGUUAUAAGUACCUGUCCAAAAUACUAGUCCAUGUUCUCUUCUAUUUUUUUUUUCAAUUAAUGAGAAGUAUAACAUUCUUAAAUUUUGUCACUACAAGUCUUGUUAAAAAAUAAAAAUAUCUUAUUGAAUUGUUUAAUUUGGUCUUUAAAUCUGCUAUAUGAACUUUCCAAUUUAUUUCUUGGUCCAAUAUCAAACCUAAAUAUUCGAUAUGGUUUGUUUUUCCUAUUUCCUUACAAGCUACAUUGCUUGAAGAUUCUUUACAUAAACAUUUAACAAAUUUAUACAUUAAUGGCUCAAUAAAACACAUCUCAUUUCUUAAUCUAAAACUAAUAUAUUUAGUUUUUACUGUAUUUAAUAACAUAUGGUUUGCUAAAAACAACUACUGUAUUGCCAUUAAAUCAACAUUAAUUUGUUCUUUAGUGCAAAUAAUAUUGUCUUCCGUGUAUGACAGUGCUGUGUCAUCAGCUAAUGAUGUGAGUUUACCUUUAAAUUUACCAUCACAAAAAUCAUUUAUUUAUAUUAAAAAUAAAAGUGUACCCAAAACAGAACCUUGGGGGACACCUUGGUGUAUAUACUCCAUUUCACUGAAAAAAUAAUAAAUGUUUACACAUUGCUUCCUGUUUGCUAAAUAACUUUCAAACGGUUUAAAAGCCACUCCUCUAAUUCCAAGUUUUGAAGGUUUUCCAACAAAAUUCCAUCAUCUACGGAGUCAUAGAAUUUGAUUUUGUGGAUGCUUCUUUAAAUUUUUUAAAUAUUUUAUUUUGAUAUUCAUACAAAUAUAGUUUUUCAUCCAAGGCUUUAAUUUUUCAACCUGUUAUUUAUAAAUUUUUUAGCUUUAGUGGCAUUUUGUUCCAUGUAAACAUCAGACCAAUCCAUAAUGUUUAAGAGAGACUAUUGAGAGCCAAGUAAUCAAAGUGAUAACCAGUAGCAGUGGCAGAGGCAGGGCAAAUACAUGUACUAUAAUAAUUCAUUAACUUUAGUGAUUCAAUACAUUGCCAGAAUCUCUAUAGAAACGGUGCAUUGUAGACGACUGACAGGUUUAUAUGGAAUACAAGUUAAAAGAAAUUGGUAGUGUUAGUAGUAUUAAGUGGUGAUUGCAGUUAUUGCCCUUGCAAGCAGUGAAUGUGCUGUCCCCAAAGUAAUUGGUAGUAUUAGUAGUAUUACGUGAUGAUUGCAGUUAUUGCCCUUGCAAGCAGUGAAUGUGCUGUCCCCAAAGAAAUUGGUAGUAUUAGUAGUAUUACGUGAUGAUUGCAGUUAUUUCCCUUGCAAGCAGUGAAUGUGGUGUCCCCAAAGAAAUUGGUAGUGUUAGUAGUAUUACGUGAUGAUUGCAGUUAUUGCCCUUGCAAGCAGUGAAUGUGCUGUCCCCAAAGAAAUUAACACUGAUAAUAAAAUCAAUUAAAUCCAUCUGAUUUGUAAUACACAAUCUAUGAACUGCCAAAUGAGUUAGCCUUAUAUGGUAUUUUAAGGGGGAAAAUGUUAAUUUUAGUUACAAACAAGUAUUACUUUUUAUUACUACAUAGUGUAUAAACUUUAGUGAGCAGUUGUAUUGGUUCGUAGAUAGAUAUAAUGCAAACUAUUUAGUACUUUAUACAUUAAAAUAAGUUCUAUUAAUCAGACAAUAAAGUUAAAUAGCUCAAAAUUCAAAAUAGCUUUUUUCUUAUGAGCAAAUGAAACAAAGUUUUCAAAACUACUACCUGAUUAGUUAUAGAUUUUUAAGGGACAGUUCUUAAAUAAUGUAAUAAAUUGAAAUAAUUCAUCAUUAGUAUGCUGUUUGUUUUUAUUGUAAAACAGUAGCUGGGAAAUGGUUCCAAAAUAAAACUGUCUCAUUUAUACUUAUAAUUUGUAUGAUCUAAAUUAGGGCUACUAAAAUAAACAUUUAUUUAGUUUUUACAAGUUGUCAUUCCUGUAGCUAUAUCAUAACCUCUCUAACCCGAAUCUUAUUGUUGGUAAUGAAUGUGUAACAUGUUUUUUAAUUUCAGCAUUAAAAAACUUGAAUAUUUUCAAAAACAACACACAACAUACUAGAUACUUAUAGUGCUAUUAAUUAUUGUAUAACUUAAAUUUGGGGUUUUUAAUUCUUAUUCUCUCAAGGAACAGUUUCAUUAGUAAAUGCACAAAGAAGUAUUACUAAAAUAAAGAAUAAAAAUGCCAAGGUACUAUUUAUGUACACUUUUAAGAAUUGCAGAGUUAAUAUAUUAGUCUCCAAAUACCUGAACAAUAUAAAAAAAAUAUGAGAGGUAGGGUUAGAGAGGGAAGACUACUUAUUAAGACUGACUCUGACCUUAUUCAUUUUGAAUGUCUGCCAUUUAUGCAAGAUGUAUUUUUAGAUUUAUAUUUUUAUAAACAUUUUUCCUGUUAUGAACUAAUGUUUACAUUUCAGUUACGUGACCUUGAUUAUAAAAUUGCCUUUGAUCCUGCUCAAAACUUCAAUUUUGGUUUAGUCCCUUGAAGCAAUUUUAUGAUUUUUAGGUGAAGAAAUGAAUGUAGCCAAUGCAUUAUAUUUUUGUAUAUUAAUUGCUUACUUUAGUGGUGAUACAUAGGCUGUGAGUUUAUUGUUUGUAUCGCACAAAAUACUAAACUAACAUUUCACAUUUGUUUGAUGAAAUAUGACGCGUAGGUUCUCUUAUAUGCUUGGUUGCCUUUAGUCUUAACAUUUUAAUUCUUCCUUAAAGACAUUGAACAAUUGUAAAAUUCCUCUUCAUAUAGGUUGUAAAUCUUGUAUUGAUACAGUAUUAUGCUCAUGCAAAGAAUCAAAUCAGUUGUAUUUUAAGGUAUAAACUCACAGGCAUAUGUUUUCUAAUUACAAAUUUGGCCAUUUCAGCACAUGUUUCGUGGUUCUAUUUAAAGACACAGAAAAUUCAUUUAUGAAAUAGCAGUGUAUUCAAUUAAGCUAAUAUUUGUGCGUUUCAUCUAAUAAUGACAUUUAAUUUUCAGUAUUGUAGCACCCAAUAUUUUGAUAUCUAAAUGUGUAUGUAUCCUCAGGUAUAUGUGCUACGUAUUUUAUUAAUAAAUACAGUUGUAUUAAAUCUUU